UAAAAUAAAGUCCAAAGAUGUGGCAACACAAGAAAGUAUCGAUAACCCGCUUUUUGUUUAUUCUUAACUUAAGAAUCUUAAGUUUCAAAAAAUCAUGAAGCCGGAGGAAGAGCUGCUAUUAUUCCGGGACUUUCAGGGCCUGAGGAGCUGCAAACACGACGACGAGAAGGUGUCCACAGCAACCUCCCGCGAGCAGCAAAAGACAGAGAGCUCGGUAGAGAAAUGCUUCGACCGGUUCGAAUCCCUGCUGUUUACCCACCCGCGCCUUUCCCAGUUCUUCCGUUUGGAGCACCAGCACUACCUGGACACGAUGCUGCGCCGGUUGCCCUCAAACUACGAGUGCCUGGACAGUAGCCGUCCUUGGUGCAUCUACUGGAUCCUGCACGCGGCUCAAUUGCUGAGCUUUAACUUUGAUGACAAAACCCAAGAUCAGGUGGUGCAGUUUCUCAGCAAGUGCCGUUCUCCGACGGGAGGUUUUGGCGGCGGUCCUGGCCAGUAUGCCCAUCUGGCACCCACAUACGCAGCGGUCAACAGUCUGUGCAUCAUCGGAACCGAGCAGGCCUACCGUGUCAUUGACAGACCAACGCUGGUGCAAUUCCUUUUCAGCGUGCGAGAAGCGGACGGAUCCUUUCGCCUGCACGUAGAUGGAGAAACGGAUGUGCGAGGUGCAUACUGCGCUAUUUCGUGCGCCAAACUACUCAAUCUGCCGGAUCCUGUGCUCAGAAAGCUAUUUGCUGGUACCGGCGACUGGAUAGCGGGAUGCCAAACGUAUGAGGGUGGAUUCGGAGGCGCCCCCGACUUGGAGGCUCACGGGGGCUACACCUUCUGCGGCAUUGCCGGCCUUGCUCUCCUUAACGAAGCUGACAAGUGCGACAAGCAGGCUCUGCUUAAGUGGACACUGCGACGGCAGAUGCGGUAUGAAGGUGGUUUCCAGGGACGAACAAAUAAGCUGGUGGAUGGCUGCUAUUCCUUUUGGGUUGGAGCAACUAUACCUAUAACACAGGCCACGCUCUCCGCAGACGACAAAGAGAUGGAUCACACUUUGUUUGAUGUAGAGGCUCUGCAAGAAUACAUCCUACUUUGCUGCCAGAAACAGAACGGUGGGCUUAUCGACAAGCCAGGAAAACCACAAGAUCUGUACCAUACGUGCUAUACCCUAAGUGGAGUGUCCAUUGCCCAGCACUCGGAAUCCGCCAGUUGCCCUCAAGUCCUCGGGGAUACCAUCAAUGAGCUUCUGCCCACCCACCCGCUGUUUAACAUCCCACCGAAGGCCGUGGCAGCAGCACGAAGUCACUUCGACAAAUGCAACGACAUGGAGUUCGCCGGUAGCGACAGUACCUGAACGGAGAGGAUUUGUGGGAUAGCAAUUAUGGUUAAUAAGGAAGAUAAGAUCUUUCUACGGGAACAGUUGAUUCCACUUAACAUUUUUUGAACCAAAUUUUUCAUAAUAAACUAUUUUGAACUGCGCUUAUUUA